AUCAUCUUGUAUUGUGCAGGUGGCGGCGCGGCGCACCGCACCCAAGAAGCAAAUCCUCAUUUUAGACUGAAUUCACCUCGUAAACCCAUAUCGUCGAUCGUAUUCUCUCUCAAGCUUCGCAAUGUCAUCGUUCGCCAUGCUCGGCAGGGUCUCCUCCAUUUUCAAACCUCGCUCUUACUUCCAUUUCACCCGCUGCAUGAGCAAUGUUCCGGAGAACACCGUCUACGGUGGCCCCAAACGCCAGAACCCCAAUCAGCGAGUCACUCUCACUCACUUGAGGCAGAAGUACAGGAAAGGCGAACCCAUCACCGUCGUCACCACGUACGACUACCCAUCCGCCGUCCACCUCGACACCGCCGGGAUCGACGUCUGCCUUGUAGGUGACUCCGCCGCUAUGGUUGUCCACGGACAUGACACGACUCUCCCUAUCUCACUAGACGAGAUGCUCGUUCACUGCCGUGCAGUGGCCCGUGGCGCCUCUAGACCUCUUCUCGUUGGUGACCUCCCUUUUGGGUCGUACGAGUCCAGCGCUAAUCAGGCAGUUGAUACAGCGGUUCGGGUUCUGAAGGAAGGAGGAAUGGAUGCGAUCAAAUUGGAAGGAGGAUCGCCUUCAAGGAUCACGGCGGCCAAAGCCAUCGUCGAGGCUGGGAUUGCGGUUAUGGGUCAUGUGGGGCUUACUCCUCAGGCCAUAAGCGUUCUUGGUGGAUUCAGGCCUCAAGGAAAGAACAUUGCCAGUGCUGUCAAGGUCGUGGAGACAGCAAUGGCUUUGCAGGAAGCAGGUUGUUUCUCUGUUGUUCUGGAAUGCGUACCUGCUCCUGUUGCUGCUGCAGCAACUUCUGCUCUUCGAAUUCCAACAAUUGGGAUUGGUGCUGGACCUUUCUGCAGUGGGCAGGUACUUGUUUACCACGAUCUACUGGGGAUGAUGCAGCAUCCACAUCAUGCUAAGGUUACCCCCAAGUUCUGUAAGCAAUAUGCACGUGUAGGGGAGGUGAUCAACAAAGCUUUAUUGGAGUACAAGGAAGAAGUCACAAACGGUUCAUUUCCUGGUCCUGCCCACAGCCCAUAUAAUAUCGGUGCUGAUGAUAUGAAUGGUUUCCUUAACGAGCUACAGAAGUUGGGUCUGGACAAGGCAGCUUCUUCGGCGGCGGCAGCUGCUGAGAAAAUUAGAAAGGCACCUGAUGGAGGUAGCCAGGCGAACAACUAAUUAUAGACUAGACUUGAUCCUGCAUGUUCCGCUUGGUACUUUCGAAUGAAUAGUCAAGACAUUUGCAAUGUAAUAACAAUUUUGGGCAGCAUAUAUGGUUCAAAAUAGCACAAGAUCGGCUAUGAGAUGUUGAAAUGAUGGUUGCGGGGGCGGUGCUGCAUCUUUUAAUUCAGUGAGAAUAGCUUCUGGAAGAGCAUCUGAGCUUGUUUCUUUUCUAGAAUAACGACCUCCCAAUUUUUGCUGC